AUGCUGCCGUGUUACCUGACAGACUUGAAGAUCCCAGGCUUGAGAAUUCCGGGUUAUAUUUCAUUUACUCCGACCCGUGACAGAAGUUCUGGAGAGAGAAGGAUAAUUUGUCCUCUGAAUGCGCUCGCCACCGAAAGACCUGCUGGCGUGCCGCUGAAUGUCCAGACCGAUAUCUCGGUUUUCGUUGGACGAGGCAUGCUUAUUGAGUCUCAGGGACCUACCUGGCUCUACGGCACAGCCAGCGAGCAUGCGCAAAUGUACCAGUACCAGCUUCUGAAUGCGGCAAAUAUCUACAUGGGUCAUUUGCAGACAGAGACGCCGUACUACCAGCCCAAGCCCAAUGCCUCUCGCCCUACACACCGGGCAACUUUCCCUCGGAUCCAACUUACAUGGACUGCUCGGAUGACCUCUGUCAGGACCCAUCACACCCAGUCCAACAUCUGGCGGCGGCGGUACCGGCACCGGCACCGGCACUGUCACCACAAUUACAAAGGUAGUCAUCGAGCCGAGAGACUAACCACCACAUACCCCGCGAGCCUGGGCGUGGUAGGCAUGGCAGCCGCCUGGAGGAUGGGAUACCGCAACUUCGUAGUCAGCGACUACGACCUCGACUUCUACAGCAUCUCCGAGACGAAGAAUAUCUGCCAAGUGAAAUUCUCGCCGGAGUAUGGGGCCGCUAGGCCGCGGCCGAAGACAUGGUCUGAUAUCCUGCAGAGUGUCACCUUCUUCUCGGACCUUGAUGUGCUAUCGACGAAGUAUACGAACUGUAUAUAUACGAAUGCGGCGGCGCCGAGCCCGGGUGAUGGUGGGACGGUCUCGUGUGAUGGUUUGACGCUGCCAUGUUAUGUCUACACGGGGCCGCCCAUGGGGUGUAAUCCGGACAUGUUCUUUGGGUGGCUGACGAGUGUUAAGCCGCUGGUUAAUUGUCCGGUGGCGACAAUGACGAGCUCCGUGUAUACCAAGACCACUGCCGUGACGGAGACUCUGGUGACGACCAUACCAUAG